AUGACCCGCUUGCAUCAUAGGCGUGUCUCAAUGGCUAGGUCGAACAGGUCUUCUUCUAGUGCCUCCAUAGGAAACAAUGGAUCAACUCAGUCAACUGUACAGGCUAAAAAGCCUAGAACACCAAGAACUAGGACUUCAGCCGGUCUCAGACUAGAGGAAAUUGACCGACCGCUUAUAGUUCCCGUUGGCAUGGCAUGGGAAAGGCACCCAUACAACGCUCGUGAUCCAUCAAUGGUGCUAGGUGCCUUAGUGCGCCAGAUGUAUCCACCGCCAAUUGGUCCAAAAAAUGAUCAGAAACCGGUAUUGUGUUGGGAGGACUACAAGUGGUCCCCUGGUCCAGAAGUAAGAACAGCAGCUUCCAAAAUAGUGGAAGAUUUUUGGUGGCGUUUCAAGUGUGACCCAUCGGAGCAAGAGAAGGCAGAUGGUGUUUUGGAGGAGAACUUAACUAGGAAAGUGAAGCAGAUGCUACAUGAGGAAAAGGCGGCAGCCAUCAAAAGAUUAAAGAAGAAGGGACAAUUGCCUACAGAACUAACAGAAGAGGAUGAGGAUGGUAACCGCUGGCCAACUAAGGAAGCUUUAAUUUCUGCAAAGAGAGUUGACUUUGGUAUAGACGUUGGUUGGCGUCUACUAUGUGAGCACUGGAGUAGUACUGAAUUUAGAGGGUUAUCUUUAACCAACAAAAGGAACAGACUUGCUAAUGGGGACACGGUCUUCCAUUGCAGUGGUGCUAGAAAUGUUGUCGCCACACGUCAAUUUCUGAAACUCAAAACCGGGAAAGACCCUGGAAUUUCUGGUGCUUGGCUUCACACGCACAAAUUGCAUCGAGGGACUGAUGAAGAGCAGAUAUGCAGUCAAAGAACUGCUGAUCAUUGGGAGGAUUUUGAUAAGGCAAUGAAAAAUGCCCAUGGAGAAAAUUGGGAAGAGGAGCACCCGGAUUUAGAUGGACAAAUCAUCUACGAAGCAGCAGGCAGAAUGCCACAUGGCAGGCUGGGAAUUGCUAAUGAGUUGUUUAGCAAAGCAGAGAAGGCGAAGUUUAAGUCUAAAAGGGCGAUGGCCUCACAGCCGGUGCAAUCUGCUAAGGAGGAGCGUCUAGAAAGAGAAAACAAAUAUUUGAAGCAGGAGAUCAAGCGUCUUCGAGGCAUUGAGCUUGUUGUUCAGUCUUUGGCUGAGAAAGGGGGAGUCGACUUUGAUGGCAUAAUGCAAUCAGCAACAGAUGACUUGUCUCCAUCAUAUUCUGAAGGCGGAUUUCAAAGGGGACGAGGUGAUGUGCCUCAACACCAAACCGAAAAGGGAAUGGGAAGCAGGACUGGAGGCAGUACGAGUCAUGGAAAUGAUGAUGAGGACGACGACUAUGGCAAUGGGGGAUAUGGUAACUAUGGCGAGGGUGAUCUGUAUGGUGAUGAGCACUAUGAUCACUAUGGUGAUGGGGAAUAUGAUGACUAUGGAGAUGAGGAUGACUAUGGGUAUGGCUAUGGCGGUGGCGAUGGCGAUGAUGAUGAUUGGCUAUAA